AUGACCAUCCGUACAGUAGUCAAAUAUUCAGUAUACUUGGCAAACAUCAUUAUCCGGUUUCUAUUGAAUAAGAUAUUUUUCCAUUCUAAAAAAACUUUUAUCUUUUCAAUUCUAUUUAUUGGAUACUUAACAUACUAUUUGUUUAGGGAUAGAGCCUUAUCUCCAUACAAGAAGUUAACUCCAGAUAUAAUACCGUUGCAAAGCUCUACAACAAACCAACAUCCAAUUUCUGGUAGGAAAAAGAAAUCUCAUAUUGCUAAAGAGAAUGAUACAAAGGAUACGGAAUCACAUCCGCAAAUUAAUUCAAUCUCAUCCUAUUUGGAGAAAUUUCUUAGAGGUAUCAAGAUUUUUGGGUAUUUAGAAAAACCAGUCUUUAAUAGUUUGAUUAAGAAUAUUAAGACUCAGAAAUUAUCUGAUGGUGAAUUAUUAAUUAUUGAUGAUUCCUCAGGGUUUAUCAUCUUAAUUGAAGGUACUUUACAGUUGUAUCAUAGGGCAAUGACAACAACUGCCACAACAACUCCAACUACUCGAUCUCCGUCAUCGUCGGCAAUCUCUUUGAAUUCGUCACAAUCUGAUGUGGAAAGUUCUGUCUUGAACAGUUCACAUUCUGAUAGACCUUUUGAUUCAGAUUCAGAUUGGGAUUCAGAUGUAGAUAUACAUUCAGAUUCCAUGGAAGAUGAAGAAGUAGAUUCUACUUUUGAAAAUGAAGAUUUCAUUUAUUUGAAAAAUAAUUUAGGUAAAUAUCAAUUGUUAAAUAUUGUGAAAAAUGGUUCGCCUGUAUCUUCCUUAGUAAACAUUUUGAAUUUAUUUACGGACUCUUCUUCUUCAACUACUGCCACCACUGCAAAUUCUUCACCUUCUGUUUCACCAACAACUUCAAAUAUUAAUAUUGAAUCAGAACGAAUGAAUUUAAAUGAUAAAAAUAUUACAUCAAAUGUUAGUACUAAUAAUAGAAAGUCAUCCACCCCAUUAUCAAAUGUUUAUUCAUUUGAUCAUAAAAAUUCAGAUGAUUUCCAAUUCUUGUAUCCACAACCUUCUAAUGUAAUUGCUCGUGCUGCUACUGAUUGUACAAUUGCAAUUAUACCUUCACAAGCAUUUAAAAAUUUAACUUCUAAUUAUCCGAAGUCUUCUUCUCAUAUCAUUCAAAUGAUUUUAACCAAACUAUUUAAAGUUACUUUCCAAAUCUCUAAUUAUUACUUGGGAUUAACUGAUGAGAUCAUUAAAAUGGAAUCUCUAUUAAACAAUAAUUGCAAAUAUUUAUUACCAAAUGAAAUAAAAAAAAAUAUUUUGGAAAAAAAUCAUUCUAAAAAUCAAUUUAAUAAAAAAAAUUAUUCAAGAUUACCAAGUAAUAUAUCAGUCGAUGAUUCAAAUUUAAAUUUACGUCCCAAGAUGCAAACUGAUUUAUUUAAUGGUGAAAUUAACGAAUCAGAUUUAUUUAUCAAUGGAAAUCAAGAUGAAGAUUUAUUUAAUAGUAAUCAAACUGUGGAAGAUAAUUUUUUCAAUGAUAAGUUACAAAACUCAAACUUAUCUGUAGAUGCUAUUCAAGAUUUAACAAAUUAUAAUGAUGACGCUGAAGAUGAAAAUACAAAUUUAUCAUUAGCAUCUGCAAUUCUAUCAUUCUUGGGGGUAAACGAGCAUAAUUUUAAACCAAAACAACAUAAAUAUAAUAAUAAUAUUAAUAAUAAUAAUUCUUCAUCAAUAGAAACAUUUUCAAAUACAAAUUUAUUGUUAAAUCAUAUUAGAUCAAGAAAAUUGUCUCAAUCAUCAUCAAGAUCAAAUUCAUUUUCUAUAAAUAAUAGCAACACUAAUCAUAACUAUCAUCAUAAUUCAACUUCAAAUACUAAUUUAAAAAUAUUACCAAGUGAUUUUGCCAUUAAAAAAUCCAAGAAAAAAUCUGAUAAAAAAUUUUCCAAUUCUACAACAAAUUCAACAUCAAAUUCUAAUUCAACUCAUUAUAAUAUUAAUAAGAAGAAAAAGAAAAUUUAUAAAGAAAUUAUUCCUGAACAUUUAACUUUUGAAUCAGCUAAAAUAGAAUUGGCUAAGAAUAUUGAAGUUACAUUUUUCAAAAAAGGCACCACUAUAGUGGAACAAGAUACAAAUGGGAAAGGUUUGUUUUAUAUUAUAGACGGUAAGAUUGAUGUUACAGUAAUUAAAAAUAGAAAUGACCACUCCCAAUUCGGUACUGAUGACAAUUAUACUCAUGUUUUGAAAAAAAAUAGCAAGUCAUCUCGUUCCAAUCAAAAAAAAUCAAGAGAUUCUAUACUUUUUACUGUUGAGACAGGUGGAAUUGCAGGGUUUUUAUCUUCAUUAAUAGGUUAUAAAUCAUUUGUUAAUUUAAAAGCCAAAACAGAUGUCUAUGUUGCAUUUUUAUCAAAUAAAUCAUUAGAAACUAUUUGUGAUAAAUAUGUUUCAAUAUAUUUAAGAAUAGCAAAUACAUUAACAGGCUUACUGUCCCCCAGAUUAUUAAGAAUCGAUCAUGCAUUGGAAUGGGUUCAUUUAUCACCAAAUGAAGUUCUAUUCGAACAAAAUGAUCCUUCAAAAGGUAUCUAUGUAUUAUUAAAUGGUAGAUUGAGAGAAUUUAGACAACAAAAUAAUAAAAAUAUUCAAUCUAUUAAAAAUAAGCCUACAGACGAUCAAAAAGUUACUUUAGUUCAAGAAUUAUCUCAAGGUGAAAGCUUUGGAGAGGUAGAAGUGUUAACUUCAAUUAAACGUAUUUCAAGUAUUGUGGCUAUUAGAGAAUCUGAAUUAGCUCGUAUUCCAAAAAGUCUUUUUGAAUUUUUAGCUGUAGAACAACCAUCUGUAAUGUUUAGAAUUACACGAACAGUAGCAAAAAAAAUCAUGACCUCUUUCAAUAUUAAUACUAAUAAUACAUAUUUUAAUACAAUGAAUGGUGCUGGUACAAUUAAUGAUAAUUUAACUAAGUUUAUAAAUGGAAAUGGAUUUAAAUAUGAUUACAAUUUAAUGAUUCCACCAACAAAAUUCUCAUCACCUUUACAUUCUCAUGGUCAUAUAUUAAGCUCCUCUUCAAAUAAUUUUAAAACAAUCACUAUCUUACCAAUUACAAAUGGCAUCCCAAUUGAUUUAUUUGCAAUGAAUUUAGUCAACGCUUUUAAACAAGUUGGUCGUUCUACCAUUGCUUUAAAUCAAAGAUCAGCUUUAACUAAUUUGGGUAAACAUGCUUUUGAUGGAUUAGGAAAAUUGAAACAGAGUGGGUUUUUCACAGAAUUAGAAGAGAAUUAUGAAAUUGUUGUAUACAUAGCGGAUGCACCACCAAGUUCAAGUUGGACAACUACCUGUAUUACUCAAGGUGAUUGUGUUUUACUAGUUGCUGAUGCAGAUCAAGAUACUGAAAUUGGUGAAACAGAAAGAUUAUUUUUGAAAUAUAAAAAUACUUCACGAACUGAGUUAAUAUUAUUGCAUUCUGAAAGAUCUGUUGAACCGGGUAGUACCAUAAAAUGGUUAAAAUAUAGAAAUUGGGUUCAUUCUCAUCAUCAUAUUCAAUUAGAAAAAUGGAAUUGGAAAAAUCAGCAUCAAGAUAUUAACUCAAAUGGUAAUUUUGCAUUAACAAUUAUGGAUAGAUUAAUUCAAACUGAAUUCUCAAAAAAGACUCAAGAAAAUAUAUCUAAAUUAGUACCUGAUUCAUUUAAAAAUAAAGUGGAAAAUUUUUCUUCCAAAUUUAUAAAGAGAAAGCAAAGAUAUUAUACAUCCGUUAAUCCAAACAAAAAUGACUUUUUAAGAUUAGCAAGGAUUCUCUCAGGUCAAGCAAUUGGUCUUGUAUUAGGUGGUGGUGGUGCUCGUGGGUUCAGUCAUCUUGGGAUCAUACAAGCAUUAGAAGAAAAAGGUAUUCCCAUCGAUUUAGUUGGUGGCACUUCAAUGGGUUCAUUUGUUGGUGGGUUAUAUGCCCGUGAUUAUGAUAUUGUUCCUAUUUAUGGUAGAAUGAAGAAAUUUGCAGGCAGACUAUCUUCAAUUUGGAGAACUUUAAGUGAUUUAACAUUGCCAUUGACAAGUUAUACAACGGGCCAUGAAUUUAAUAGAGGUAUAUGGAAAGCAUUUGGUGAUACAAGAAUUGAAGAUUUUUGGUUACAAUACUAUUGUAAUUCAACAAAUAUUACUGAAUCUGUUCAAGAAAUUCACUCAAUGGGGUAUGCUUGGAGAUAUAUCAGAGCAUCUAUGACAAUAGCAGGCUUAUUACCACCUCUUGAAGAGAAUGGUUUAAUGUUACUAGAUGGUGGGUAUGUCGAUAAUCUACCAGUUGAUGAAAUGAAGGCAAGAGGAUGUACUAAGAUAUUUGCAGUUGACGUGGGAUCUGUUGAUGAAAGACUACCAGUGAAAUACGGAGAUUCAUUGAAUGGGUUUUGGGUCUUAUGGAAUAGAUGGAAUCCAUUUUCCAAAGGUGUCACAAUACCAACAUUAGCUGAAAUUCAAGUGCGAUUAGCUUAUGUUGCAUCUGUGAAUGCAUUAGAAAAAUCAAAAAACACGGAUGGUGUCGUAUAUGUGAGACCUCCUAUUGAAAAUUAUGCAACCUUAGAAUUUGGUAAAUUUGAUGAAAUUUAUAAAGUCGGCGUUGAAUAUGGACGCAAUUUUUUGAAAGAAUUAGAAGAGAAUGGAGAGAUGCCAUAUGUUGCUGGCACAAUGGCUGUUAAUUCUGAAUUUAAUGAACCACAAUUCAAGCUUCAUAGACGCAACAGUAUUUGA